CCGCCGUCUCCUCCUCCUCCUCCUCCUCCUCCUCCUCCUCCUCCUCCCGCCGAGCCUCUGACCUUCCUCCUCCCGCAGCCCGCCGGCCUUGCCGCUCCUCCUCCUCCCCUUCCUCCUCCCCCGUCACCUCCCCCGGGCUGUCGGCCGGGCUUGCGACCCCCGCUCUCCCCAGCCAGGCGCCUCCGGAUGCUGCGGAGCGCGUCGGGCUCCAGCGCAUGAGCAGCCGGGCCUGCUGACCCUCACACCACCGACGUCCACCCAGCCACGGCCACGCCAUGUCCGGCUCCUACGAUGAGGCUUCACUUACUGCAGAGGAGACCACAGACAGCUUCUGGGAGGUGGGGAACUACAAGCGGACGGUGAAGCGCAUCGAUGACGGCCAUCGCCUGUGCAAUGACCUGAUGAGCUGCGUGCAGGAACGCGCCAAGAUCGAGAAGGCUUAUGCUCAGCAGCUCACCGAUUGGGCCAAGCGCUGGCGCCAGCUCAUCGAGAAAGGCCCACAGUAUGGCAGCCUGGAACGUGCCUGGGGGGCCAUGAUGACCGAGGCAGACAAGGUGAGCGAACUGCACCAGGAGGUGAAGAACAGCCUGCUGAACGAGGACCUAGAGAAGGUGAAGAACUGGCAGAAGGAUGCCUACCACAAGCAGAUCAUGGGUGGCUUCAAGGAGACCAAGGAGGCAGAGGACGGUUUCCGAAAGGCCCAGAAACCUUGGGCCAAGAAGAUGAAGGAGCUAGAGGCAGCCAAGAAGGCCUACCACCUGGCCUGCAAAGAGGAGAAGCUGGCUGUGGCUCGAGAGAUGAACAGCAAGUCCGAGCAAUCGGUGACCCCUGAGCAGCAGAAGAAGCUGCAGGACAAAGUGGACAAGUGCAAGCAGGACGUGCAGAAGACGCAGGAGAAAUAUGAAAAGGUGCUGGAUGACGUGGGCAAGACCACCCCCCAGUACAUGGAGGGCAUGGAGCAGGUGUUUGAACAGUGCCAGCAAUUCGAGGAAAAACGUCUGGUCUUCCUCAAGGAGGUGCUGCUGGACAUCAAACGUCACCUCAACCUGGCGGAAAAUAGCAGCUACAUACACGUGUACCGAGAACUGGAACAGGCCAUCCGGGGGGCUGACGCCCAGGAAGACCUCCGAUGGUUCCGCAGCACCAGCGGGCCUGGCAUGCCCAUGAACUGGCCCCAGUUUGAGGAGUGGAGCCCAGACCUCCCUCACACCGCCGCCAAGAAGGACAAAGUGCCCAAGAAGGCAGAGGGAGCAUCGAUGGCCAAUGCCACCGGGGUGGUGGAGUCCACUUCCCAGGCAGGGGACCGUGGCAGCGUCAGCAGCUACGACAGGGGCCAGACUUAUGCCACAGAGUGGUCUGACGACGAGAGCGGGAACCCCUUUGGAGGCAAUGAGGCCAACGGGGGCGCCAACCCCUUCGAGGACGACGCCAAGGGUGUGCGCGUGCGCGCGCUCUACGACUACGACGGCCAGGAGCAGGAUGAGCUCAGCUUCAAGGCCGGAGAUGAGCUCACCAAGCUGGGAGAGGAGGACGAACAGGGUUGGUGCCGCGGGCGGCUGGACAGCGGGCAGCUGGGCCUCUAUCCCGCCAACUACGUGGAGGCCAUCUAGCUGUCCUGCCCCUCCACACACUCCCCUUUCCCCUGCCCCACCGCCGCCCCUCCUCACUCCCCCUCCCCACACCAUAGAGUUCCAGACAUAUUUUCCGAUCAAGCUUUUAUUUUUUUAAAA